AUGGCUACCAAUAAGCAAGGAAAGAUGCAAAACCUGAUCAAUUAUCGCAUGCGAGUUACCCUAAAUGAUGGAAGACAAAUGACUGGCCAGAUGUUGGCGUUCGACAAACACAUGAACCUGGUCUUAGCCGACACAGAAGAAUUCCGCAAAGUUAAGAGAAAAGCUGCCAAAUCAGCACCUUCUGCACCCGGCUCAGCCGCAGCACAAGCCAUGGUCGAAUCAGAAGAAAAGCGCACAUUAGGGCUCACGAUUGUUCGUGGCACAAAUAUAGUGUCAUGUUCUGUGGAAGGUCCACCACCAUCAGACCCUUCCGCUAGAUUAGGCCAGAGUGCACCUGGAGGAGCACCAGCCACGUUGCAAGCUGGAACGGGUAUUAGCAGACCAGCCGGGAGAGGCUUGCCAGCAGGAUUGGGAGGACCUGUUGCAGGCAUUGGAGGACCGGCACCGCCAAGUGGGUUUGGAGGGUUUCCUCCGGCUGGCUUCCCUGGUGGAGCGCCGCCAGGUUUUGGGAGGGGAGGACCACCGGGAGGAGCGCCACCAGGAUUCCAACCACCUGCAGGUUUCGGCGGGCCACCUGGAGGGCCUCCCGCUGGCUUUCAGCCGCCUCCCGGGUUUCAAGGGCCGCCUGGUCAAGAUUUCUGGGGCCCAGCGUCAAACUUUGGGAUCCCCGUUGCCGCCAUAAUGGAUACUCAGAAGGAUCCUGAGAUAAUAUCUGGCCGCAUGACCGGCGCUUUAACGAUUUACUCCGGGACUUUCAUGCGCUACGCUCUGGCUGUCCAACCUAAAAACUACCUCCUCUUCGCAUGUCACUUUAUCAAUUUCAACUCCCAGCUCAUACAAGGGUAUCGGUGGUACACAUAUUGGAAUAUGGGGGGACGUGAAGCCUCAUUAGAAGCGAAAGCUAAAGCUGGCAUUUCGGACGCAAAAGCAGAAGCAGAGGGUAUGGUGGCGCGGGCGGAGACUUUGGCCGUGGAUGCAAAGGCCAAAACUGGACAGGUUGUUGAAAAGGUUAAGGGGAAAUUAUCGUGA